AUGAAGUAUUUUCCACAGGUUGGCAACAUGGAGAGUGCAGAUUUACUAUUGGUUGCCGCCGACGGGCGUAAGCUUCCUGCGCACGAAUGUAUUCUGCGUGCGCGAGCACCCGGGUUUUACCAGCGACACGUCGAGGCUACCGUAGCUGCUAUGGGAAAGCAGGAGGGACGCCUGCGAGAGGUGGCCAUCGGCGACAUCGACUCGUCGGGCCUCGAAUUUUUCAUUCAUUCCGUUUACACAGAAGACGAGAUGGCUCAGUUUCCGUCUCAGCUUGAAGAAGAGCGCCGUAAGCCUUUGACUUACUGUCACACUUACAAACAUACAUAUAAAAUGAUACAGACGUUCCUCGCCUAG